GCUGCGGGAGCGGCGCGGAGCGGAGCGGAGCGGGGUGGGUGCUGCUGCCAUGGCUCCCGCGCUGCACCCGGCGGGGCUGUGCUGCCUGCUCCUGCUGCUGGCGGCGCUGCCGCGCUGUGCGGCCCGCACCGUGCGCCUGAGCACGGACGAGGAGGCGCCGCCGGGCACGGUGCUGGGCGCGCUGGGCGCCGAGCUGGCCGGGCUGGCGGCGCCGGGCGAGGCGCUGCGCUUCCGCCUGGUGCAGCCCGCGGGCGCGGGGGGCGAGGGCGGGCGCGGCCACAACGGGUCGCUGGUGAGGCUGCGCGAGGCGGACGGGCAGCUGAGCGUGGGCGAGGCCGGGCUGGACCGCGAGCGGCUGUGCGGGCGGGCGCCGCGCUGCCUGCUGCCCCUGGACGUGCUGGGCUGCGGGGCGGGGGCCGGGGCGGGGGCGCCGCGCUGCCGCCUGCUGCACGUGGAGCUGGAGGUGCGCGACGUGAACGACCACGCGCCGCGCUUCCCGCAGCCGCAGCCGCUGGCGCUGGAGGUGUCGGAGAGCGCGGCGCCCGGCACGCGCCUGCCGCUGGCGCUGCCCGUGGACGAGGACGUGGGCGCCAACGGCGUGCAGCGCUUCCAGCUCUCGCCCAACGCGCACUUCGGCGUGGAGGUGGAGGCGCAGGCGCGCGCGGACGGCGGGCGCGGCGCCGCCCUGGUGCUGCUGCGCGCGCUGGACCGCGAGGCGCAGGCGGCCCACGCGCUGGAGCUGGUGGCGGCCGACGGCGGCAGCCCGGCGCGCUCGGGCACAGCCGCGGUGCGCGUGCGGGUGCUGGACGCCAACGACAACAGCCCGGCCUUCGCGCAGGCCGCCGUGGCCGUGGAGCUGCGCGAGGACGCGGCGCCGGGCGCGCCGGUGCUGGCACUGAGCGCGGCCGACCCCGACGAGGGCGCCAACGGCGAGGUGGUCUACGGCUUCGGCAGCCGCGCGGCACCCGAGGUGCGGCGCCUCUUCCGCCUGGACCCACACUCGGGCCGCCUCACACUGGCCGCGCCGCUGGACUACGAGCGCCAGCGCGCCUACGAGCUGGACGUGGAGGCGCGUGACCGGGGCGCCAGCCCGCUGGCCGCCACCUGCACCGUGCUGGUGCGCCUGGCCGACGUCAACGACAACGCACCCGGCAUCCGCCUCAGCCCCCUGGGCCUGGGCGCCGCCGGCCCCCCGGGGCCCGGUCUGGGUGCUGGUGGCAGCCCCGAGCCCAGCCCCAGCGCGCUCUACGUGAGCGAGGCGGCGCCGCGCGACAGCUUCGUGGCGCUGGUCAGCACCUGGGACCACGACUCGGGCACCAACGGGCAGGUGCGCUGCACGCUGCACGGCCACGAGCACUUUGCGCUGCGGCGCGCCUAUGGCGACAGCUACGUGCUGGUGACGGCGGCCGCACUGGACCGUGAGCGCCUGCCCGAGUACAACCUCACACUGGUGGCCGAGGACCUGGGCACGCCGCCCUUCCGCACCGUGCGGCCCUACACUGUGCGCCUGCGCGACGAGAACGACAACGCGCCGCUCUUUGCCCCGCCGCCCCUUGGCCGCGUGGCCGUGCCCGAGAACAACCCCCCUGGCGCCUACCUUGCCACGGUGCUGGCCCGUGACCCUGACCUGGGCCCUAAUGGUAAGGUCACCUACUGCCUUCUCGAGGCCCAGGUCUCCGGUGCCCCCGUCUCCACCUAUGUCUCCCUCGACCCUGCCACUGGCGCCCUCUAUGCCCUGCGCACCUUCAACUACGAGGUCCUCAAGCAGCUGGACCUGUGCAUUGAGGCCAGCGAUGGUGGGACCCCACCACUCUCCAGCACCACCCUUGUCACAGUGACAGUGCUGGACCAGAAUGACAAUGCACCGAUCAUUGUUCACCCAGCACUCAACAAUGGCUCUGUGGAGAUCGGGGUCUUCUGCAAGGCACCCCCCGGUUCUCCCGUGGCUCAGAUCCAAGCCAGGGAUGCAGAUGAUGGGGACAAUGCUGAGCUCACCUUCUCCUUCCUACCAGAGCCAUUGCCACAGCAAGAACUCUUUGCCAUUGACAGGGACACAGGAGAGAUCGUGCUGAUGGGAGACAUGUCUGAAGAGCUGGGGCAGACAUUCAAAGUCAUCCUCACUGUAAUGGACCGUGGUCAGCCCCCACUUUCCACCACAGCCACAGUCAACUUCCUAGUGACUGCCACGGUGCCUUCCAGCAGCCACGAAGUAGCCAAACCCAGCUCCUGGGAGGGGAAAGCUUUGCAAUGGGAUGUUCCUCUGAUUGUCAUCAUCGUCCUGGCGGGCAGUUGCACACUUCUGCUGGUGGCCAUCAUCACCAUUGCCACCACCUGCAACAAGCGCAAGAAGGAGACCAGGCUUAAGAACAAUGGGCCCUUGAAGGAGCAGAUUGACAUCUCCCACCUGGAGAAGGUGAGGCAGGAAGAUGCUGUCCCCAAGGGCAACAUGUUUGAAGUACGAGCCUUUCCCAGCAAAGCAUCUUUCACCAGCCCAGAGCCUUCCCCAGCCACAGAGGAGGCUGCCUCUUCUGAGAACAAUGGUGACAACGCCUGUCUUCAUGAGGGUCAGAAACGACUGAGAGGAACAAAUGCAGAGCCUUAUGCCUCUGCUCCCAGCUACGGCAAAGAGUCUGCUCCUCCAGUGCCCAUUUGGAAGGGUCAUUCUUUCAACACCAUAUCCGGUCGAGAAGUGGAAAAGUUCAGCGGCAAAGACAGUGGCAAAGGUGACAGUGACUUCAAUGACAGUGACUCUGACAUCAGUGGGGAGGCCCUGAAGAAGGAUCUCAUCACUCACAUGCAGAAUGGACUAUGGGCUUGUACAGCCGAAUGUAAGAUCCUGGGCCAUUCAGAUCGCUGCUGGAGCCCCUCCUGUGGCCGAUCCAACACUCACUCAUCUCCCCGCCCUCCAGCUCAGCUGUCCACCUUCUGCAAAAGCACCUCCUUGCCCAGGGACCCCCUUCACAGGGACAGCUACUACCAGGCACAGCUGCCCAAGACAGUGGGGCUGCAGAGUGUCUACGAGAAAGUGUUACACAGAGACUUUGACAGGACAAUCACGUUGCUCUCCCCUCCCCGCCCUGGGAGACUCCCAGACCUUCAGGAAAUAGGGGUGCCCCUAUACCAAGCUCCAUCGACCAGAUACAUAAGCCCCCAGAAUGAUGCCAGCGAGAAAGUUUAACUCCUCCUUCAUCUUGGCGCACAUGUACAUAUGCGCACACUACUAGGUCACUCUCAAGAGCCCUUAACUUAUUGACCAGAUACAGUGUUGUACAUAGAAAUAAGCAAGAUGUGCCUUAAAAAUGAAGUUGUUGGGAAAGAUUUCCAAUCACAUUGGUACUGUUUGAUAUUGGCAAACAACAAACCGUUUGUAGCUAAUGUAAUUUUUAUGAAAUGUGCAGUAUUUAAUUUAAGGGUUUGGGGUUUUUUUUCUUACUGUGCUCUUUUGCUUUUAGUUCACCUCCAGCCUGCCAUUUUUUGUAGUGUUUUUAACCUGUAUAUUGUGUAAUGUAAUGUUUGUAUAUAAAGGAAAAAUUGUUAUAUUUUUAUAUAAUAAAAGCUAAAAAAAUGAAGUUAUUGCCAAAGCAACUGUCUGAAAGACACAAAAAAAAUUAAUAUCCUGAAUAUUUAGAAUCAUGUAGGGGAAAUUCCUCCUUUGUAAUGUAAUAACCUAAGCCACCCUGUGUACUGAGUAUUUUGCCUUGCCAAAUGUGACUUGUAUCUCUUAAGUCUGUGGUCAAUUUCAAGUUAAAUGUUAUUUAAUUACCUUUUGGCUUCUGUAAUCUGUGUCACUGAUUGAUUAAACACACUAAUAAAGACUUUGUGAUGUGUGUUCA